AUGUUAAACAAGAUGACCUCCUCUCAGCAGCAGCAGAUGAUGCGAGGUCCUAGGUGGAACCGGGCCUUGUCCGACCCUUUGUUUGUGGUGCUUCUGGCCCUGCAACUGCUGGUGGUGGCAGGGCUGGUACGUGCUCAGACAUGCCCCUCUGUCUGCUCCUGUAGUAACCAGUUCAGCAAAGUCAUCUGCACCCGACGAGGUUUGCGGGAAGUCCCUGAUGGCAUCUCUACCAACACACGCUACCUGAAUCUGCAAGAAAAUCUCAUUCAGGUCAUAAAGGUGGACAGCUUCAAGCACCUAAGACAUCUGGAGAUCCUGCAGCUGAGCAAAAACCACAUACGCAAAAUUGAGCUGGGGGCCUUCAAUGGACUGGCCAGCCUCAAUACCUUGGAGCUUUUUGAUAACCGUCUCACCACUAUCCCAAACGGGGCAUUUGAGUACCUGUCCAAACUAAAGGAGCUUUGGCUGAGGAAUAACCCCAUCGAGAGCAUUCCCUCCUAUGCUUUUAACAGAGUGCCCUCGUUAAGGCGUUUGGACCUUGGGGAGCUCAAACGGCUCUCCUACAUAUCUGAGGGGGCCUUUGAAGGGCUGAGCAACCUGCGCUACUUAAAUCUGGGAAUGUGCAAUCUGAAGGAAAUUCCCAACCUUAUUCCCCUGGUGAAGCUGGAUGAACUGGAGAUGUCGGGGAACCAGCUAGCUGUCAUCCGACCUGGCUCUUUUAAAGGGCUCAUCCAUUUGCAGAAGCUAUGGAUGAUGCAUGCACAGAUCCAGACCAUAGAAAGGAACUCUUUUGAUGACCUGCAGUCACUAGUGGAGCUCAAUCUAGCCCAUAACAACCUUACCCUCUUGCCCCAUGAUCUCUUCACUCCUUUACAUCACCUGGAGAGAGUGCACUUGCACCACAACCCGUGGAAUUGUAACUGUGACAUACUCUGGCUAAGCUGGUGGCUUAAGGAGAUGGUGCCAGCAAACACCAGCUGCUGUGCCCGCUGCAGCUCACCAACCCAGCAUAAGGGACGAUACAUUGGCGAGUUGGACCAGAACUACUUUCACUGUUAUGCUCCUGUUAUUGUGGAGCCUCCCGCAGACCUAAAUGUGACAGAGGGAAGCGCUGCAGAGUUGAAAUGCAGAGCCAGCUCAUUGACCUCUGUAAGCUGGAUUACACCCAAUGGUUCCAUCAUGACACACGGUGCUUACAAGAUCAGAAUCUCUGUGCUGAAUGACGGCACUCUGAACUUCACCAAUGUUACCAUGCAGGACACAGGCACAUACACAUGUAUGGUCAGUAAUUCUGCAGGUAACACAACAGCAUCUGCCACACUCAAUGUGUCCUCUACAGAGAACAGCAGCUUCAGCUACUUCACCACAGUGACAGUGGAGACCAUAGAAACGCCACAUAAUGAAGGCUUCAUUAUGAAGGUGGGCCCCACACCCUCUGCUGGUACAUGGGAGUCUGUUUCACCCACCUCUACAACUACCACCACAGUCCGGACCCCGCUCUCCACCCGCGCCACAGAGAAGACUUACACAAUCCCUGUCACAGAGCUGGGUGGGGAGGGCUCGCUGAACGGCUUGGAUGAGGUAAUGAAGACGACCAAGAUCAUCAUUGGCUGCUUUGUUGCGAUCACACUCAUGGCAGCGGUCAUGCUAAUCAUCUUCUACAAGAUGCGCAAACAGCACCACCAGCAGAACCACCACGCACCCACACGCACCAUUGAGAUCAUCAAUGUGGACGAGGACUGUGUAACAGGAGGCCCGGGCAUGGAGGGCCACCUGACCCUGCCUCCUCUUGAGCACGAGCACCUCAACCACUAUAACACCUAUAAGACUGCAUACAACCAUGCCUCCACGAUCAACUCCAUACACAGCUCAGCGCACGAACCUUUGUUAAUCCGCGCCAGCUCAAAAGACAAUGUACAAGAGACCCAAAUCUAA